UCCUCGUGCCCCGCCCCGCCCGGGCCCCCGUCGCCAUGGGCAACGAAGCGAGCGCCGAAGCGGAGAGCCGGCCGGCCGAAGCGGGGCCCUCAGUUUCCCCUUCUCCGGCCAAGCAGAGAGCAAAAAUGGACGACAUCGUCGUGGUGGCCCAGGGGACGCAGUCUUCGCGGAACGUCAGCAACGACCCCGACGUCAUCAAACUGCAGGAGAUUCCAACGUUUCAGCCCCUUUUGAAAGGGCUUCUGAGCGGCCAGACGUCCCCCACCAACGCCAAACUGGAGAAGCUGGAUUCUCAGCAGGUGCUGCAACUCUGCCUCCGCUACCAGGACCACCUGCAUCAGUGUGCCGAAGCAGUGGCCUUCGACCAGAACGCCCUGGUUAAAAGAAUCAAAGAGAUGGACCUCUCGGUGGAGACGCUGUUCGGCUUCAUGCAGGAGCGCCAGAAACGCUACGCCAAGUACGCCGAGCAGAUCCAGAAGGUGAACGAGAUGUCCGCCACCCUCCGCCGCAUUCAGAUGGGCAUCGACCAGACCGGGCCCCUCGUGGACAGGCUCAACUGCCUGCUGCCCCAGAGCGAGAGGCUGGAGCCCUUCAGCACUCACCCCGACCGCAAGCUCCAGUCCUAGCCGCCGCCCGGUCGGCCGAGGGGAGGGGAGAGGGGAUUCAGCGAGGCCCUGGCCGGCCGAACCCGAGCCCGGGGGCAGCCGCGCACCGGGAAUCAGAGACUGGGAAGUGCGGAGGCGGCCGGUGAAAUGGGAGGGGGACGGGGACCGGGAAGGGGGACCGGGGAGGCCCCGGCCCUCACCCUCACUCGGAUGAGAGAGUUUAUAAGAAGCUGUCGAAUGAACGGAACUUUCACCCCA